AUGCGGCGGCUCGGUCUCGUCACCUUCUGCUCCAUGCUCCCAUGCCCCAUGCCCCAUGCCUCCGUCGCCCCCGUCGCCCCCGUCGCCCCCGUCGCCCUCGUCGUGCCCCGUCUGUCGUAUCCCUCUUAGACCAGUAUCUCACCUACCUUUUUGGCAACGUACCACCUGGAUUUAAAUACCCUCUGAGCAAGACUCCUCUGCCGUCCUCUCAAGAUUGCCCUUGCGAACAACAGCUUCUUACCGGGAAGGAUUUGGAAAGGACAAGAAACGUUGACUGGUCUGCUUCUCCUCACUCACUCAACCUCGCUCUCCCUCUCACGCAUCACGGGUCACGGAUGCGAAACAAGCAAACCUCAUUCUCAACGGCUACACAAAACGACACCACUCAUUCGGACUCCCGAACCCACGAAACUGGGGGCGCGCAAACCACACAGCUGCCCAGAAAGAAAAGCAAACCUGAUCCUCUUCAGCAGCAGCUUCAGCAGCAGCUUCAGCAGCAGAUAGAAGGAGGGAUCGUCGCCUUCUAGAAAACCACGCGGGACCCAACGCACCAAGCUAUCUGCCACUGCCAGCCUGUCACGCCUCUUGGCCUUCAAUCUCCGACCUAAGACAUCCUGCAACGGCCAUCACAUCACCACGCAUCACUACCUGGCAAGAACGCAGGAAAAAAAAAG